GUUGUGUGUAUAAUUGUGGGAAAGCAUGCUAUGCCGAUCUAGUAUUUAUACAUCUAGCUCCAGAGUUGCGUCGCUUUGGGAUUCAGGAAAGGGAAUGCGGCUUUGUUUUCCUUCUGCUGACUGACAGCCAACGUCUGCUAGCUACGCUAGUUAGCUAACAAAGUUGUUCAUUAAACUUUCGUUGAUAUUAAACGUGCACGAGGACAACUGAAAAUGGAGAGAGACUCAGUGUUCCACAAUGACCGUCUGGGAGCACCACGUAACCCACUACUGGACCAGCUCCCCAGCUACCAGUCUCUGCUGUACCGCAGAAAGCCCUCAGCCUCGGGCAGUACCAAGCGCCGUGGCAGCUCACGGACCAGGCUGGGCUCCUCCAGCAGUGGGAAAUGGGGACAGACCACAUUGGCCAGACAGCAUGAGGAGAAACACAUGACUCAGACCCAACAGAGACCAGUCAGGGAACUUACCAAACCUAUGGCGGAGAAACGCAGAGACAAGGACCAGCGUUUGGAGCAGGCCAAGGAUCUGAGCAGUUGGAGCCAGUGGAGACAGAGCACCAGACGGACCCUGAGGAGACUGAAGGAGGAUGGGUUUGAGAUGCUCAGCAACCUGGAGCUCUGGAGGGGAGACAUCCAUGUCAUUGAGGGGAUGUUUGGCACGGGGAUCCUGUCCUACUUCUCCUUCCUGCGUUUCCUGGUGCUGCUCAACUCCAUCAUGUUCCUGCUCAUGUUCGGCUUCGUCAUUCUGCCCAUCAUCACCGCCCCCCAUGCCUCAGGGAACACCACAUUCAACCACGUAGAUGGCUUCGAGUGCAGUAACUACCCCAGCACCUCUCGCCGUGGCCUAGUGGUUUUCCACCAGCACAUCACAGACCUCCUCUCAGGGGCGGGCUUUCUGGAGCAGACCUACCUCUUCUAUGGUUACUACAAGGUAGAGACCAUUCACUUCCCUAAGUUCACCUACAACCUGCCUCUGGCCUACCUGCUGGUCACCAUAGCCUACCUCUUCCUCAGUCUCAUAUGGAUAGUCAAAAGGUCUGCGACUGGCUUCAAGCGUAAACUGGUGCAGGACGAGGAUCGCUUCCAGAGCUUCUGCAACAAGAUCUUUGCCGGCUGGGACUUCUGUAUCGUCAACGACAGCGCAGCCAGGCUCAAGAGGAGCAGUCUUCUUUAUGAACUGAAGACUGAUCUGGAAGAGGAGCGCAUCAAGCAGAAGAUAGCAGACAGGACACGGAAGGAGAAGUGUAGGAUCUACUUGAUCCGACUGAUCCUGAAUCUGUUUGUGAUCGCUGUACUGGCUGCCUGCUUCUACUCCAUCUACAUAGCCACCAACUUCUCCCAGAAAGCACAGAUGACUAAGGUGAACUUCAUCCUGGACCUGAUCUAUGAGUAUCUGCCUUCCAUCGUCAUCACCCUGGCCAACUUCAUCACCCCCCUCAUCUUCUCCCUCAUCAUCCAGUUUGAAGACUACUCCCCCGCCUUUGAGAUACGCUUCACUCUCAUGAGGUGUGUGUUCAUGCGCCUGACCAGUAUCUGUGUGCUUCUCGUCUCUCUCUGGGGUCAGAUCACCUCUUGCCAGGAAGGCAACUGUGUUUGCGGGUACAACCACAUCCUCUACCCGUGUUGGGAGUCUCGCGUGGGCCAGGAGAUGUACAAACUCAUGAUCUUCGAUUUCAUCAUCAUCGGUGCUGUCACUGUGUUUGUGGAGUUCCCUAGGAAACUCAUAGUGGACUACUGUGAUUGCGGCCUUGCCAAGUGGUGGGGCCAGCAGGAGUUUGCCAUCCCCCAGAACGUCCUGGAGAUUGUGUACGGCCAGACCAUCUGCUGGAUCGGGACGUUCUACUGCCCCCUGCUGCCCGCCAUCUGCACCAUUAAGUACUUCAUCAUCUUCUACAUCAAAAAGGUGACUCUGGUGAAUAACUGCCGCCCGGCCACCCGUCCGUUCCGAGCCUCCAGCUCCAACUUCUUCUUCCUGGCUGUGCUGCUGAUUGGCCUGGCACUGGCCUGUAUACCUGUCACCAUUGGCAUCGCACAGAUCAGCUGUUCCCAGGCCUGUGGUCCCUUCGUUAACUACACCACAUCCUGGGAGGUGCUCCCCCGGACGGUGUCCCAGCUGCCUGCAGGAGCACGCACGUUCCUCCUGGCCAUCUCCUCUGAGGCCUUCGCCGUCUCCCUCUUUGUCAUCACAUGCCUGGCCAUGUUUUAUGUCAUUGCUCUAGCUGGAGCGCACAAGCGAGUGAUCAACCAACUGAGGGAACAGCUAGUCAUGGAUGGGCGAGACAAGCGUUUCCUGAUCCAGAAGCUGUGUCAGGCCCAGAGGACCUGUGCUAUUAGAUCCACAGGUUCGGGAUUCCAGUCCCACUCCUCAGACAGAGUCAGCCCCAGCUACCGCUCCAACUCUGGGGUCUUCCUGGUCCAGCCACCCCCGGACUCUGCUACUCAUGUCUGAAUUGCUAGGAUUAGCUACUGCUCCUUCAACAGCGCAGCGUACGGAACCGGAGGCAGCGUGCACUGUCAAUUCGGUUGUCCAGAAAAAUCUUCUCGAAAGAUCGGAUUAACGGAACCAGCAGACAUGGCAGUGUUCUGGAUAUUAUUUGGAAUCAUCUGCUGCCAGUUUAUUACAGUGUCAGCUGAUGACAUUGUGGUGGCCUGCGGAGGGUUCGUGAAAUCCGACGUUGAAAUCAACUACUCGCUGAUCGAGAUUAAAGUGUACACCAAACAAGGGUCUUUGAAAUAUCAGACCGACUGUGCUCCCAUCAAUGGAUACUUUAUGAUUCCCCUCUAUGACAAGGGAGACUUUGUGUUGAAGAUUGAGCCUCCUCUUGGGUGGAGCUUUGAGCCCACCAGUGUGGACCUUUAUGUGGACGGGGUCAAUGAUAUCUGCACCAAGGAGCAGGACAUCAACUUUGUCUUCACUGGCUUCUCUGUCUCUGGAACGGUGCUAAGUAAAGGCCAACUCCUGGGCCCAGCUGGGGUGGAGAUCAGCCUGACCAGGGAGGGAACAGGAGAAAAGCUGCAGACUGUGCUCACUCAGCCUGGAGGAAAGUACACCUUCACCAAAGUACUUCCUGGAAAUUAUGACAUCAUUGCUUUUCAUCCAUCCUGGACCUUGGAGCAGAGCGCUACGUCAGUGCGUGUGUCCGGUGCCAAUGCAGCGGCUGCAGAACAUCUGGUGGUGGGAGGGUACGAUGUCUCUGGGGAGGUCCGGAGUGAUGGGGAGCCCAUGAAAAAAGUCACCUUCCUCCUCUACUCUGCCACAGUGAAGAAGGAGGACAUCAGUGGCUGUAACACAGCCCCAGUGGAUGGAGCCGAGUCUGGAGAUGACUCCCUGGUCUACCUGUGUGGCGCCCUGUCCCGAGAGGACGGCAUCUUCUCCUUCCCCUCACUGGCCAGCGGAGAUUACACUGUAAUUCCCUUCUACAGGGGAGAGAGGAUCACAUUUGACGUGGCGCCUUCCAGAAUGGACUUCAGGGUGGAGCACAAGAGCUUGAAGCUGGAGCCCAUCUUCCGUGUCAUGGGUUUCUCUGUGACGGGCAGGGUUCUCAACAGCCUGGAGGGGGAAGGGGUACCUGACGCCACGGUAACCCUCAACAACCAGAUCAAAGUUCUGACCAAAGAGGACGGCUCCUACCGCCUGGAGAAUAUGACCACCGGUACCUACACCCUCCGCACGCACAAGGACCUCAUGUUUUUUGAGCCAAUCACGGUGAAGAUAGCUCCCAACACGCCUCAACUCCCUGACAUCAUCACUGCUGGGUUCAGCGUGUGUGGUCAGAUCGCUAUCACCCACCUGCCAGAGGGCCUGAAGCAGCAGGGGCGUUACAAGGUGACCCUCACUACCCUGGGACAGGACAACACCGCCACCCGCACCACAGACUCAGACCAGCAGGGGGCCUUCUGCUUCUAUGCCAAACCUGGAGACUACAGUGUUACCGUCUCUCUUCCUGAGGCGGAGGUGAAGGCUGGCCUGGCCCUGCAGCCUGCUGCUCUGGAGGUCUCCCUGGUGGACAGGCCCCUCUCCGACCUUCUCUUCACCCAGUUCAUGGCCUCCGUCUCGGGCAGGGUCUACUGUCUGGCGAACUGUGAUGACCUGUCGGUGACCCUGCAGCCGGUGAGUCGUCAGGGGGAGAGGAGGAGCGUGCUCCUCUCAGGGAGCGGUGACACCUUGGAAAUCUCCUUCGACAACGUCCUGCCUGGCAAAUACAAAGUGAGUAUCUCCCAUGAGGAGUGGUGCUGGAAGCUCAAGUCAGUGGAGGUGGAGGUGCUGGACUCUGACGUGCUGGGAGUCGAGCUCAGACAGAUAGGCUACAUCCUCCGCUGCUCCCUGUCCCACGCCAUCACCCUGGAGUUCUUCCAGGAUGGCAGCAAGCCGGAGAACGUUGGCGUCUAUAACCUCUCCAAGGGGGUCAACCGCUUCUGUCUCUCCAAGCCUGGUGUGUACAAAGUGACUCCUCGAUCUUGCCACCAAUUCGAACAGGACUAUUAUACCUACGACACGUCAGCCCCCACUAUCCUGACCCUGACUGCAGUGAGACAUCACAUGACUGGCCUAAUCACCACUGAUAAGAUCCUGGAUGUCACGGUCACCAUCAGAUCCUCCAUAGAGUCUGAGCCAGCUCUGGUCCUAGGCCCUCUGAGAAGCCUGGAGGAGCAGAGACAGGAGCAGCAGCUGCAGGAGAUCGAGCUGCGGCGCCAGGAGAGGGAGAGACGCGCCCAAGAGGCUGAGGAUGGCGGUGACAGCCAGCCCCCCAUCCAAGAGAGAGCUGAUGAGCUCACCAGCCCCUUUCACUACGAAUUUUCUUACUGGGCCAGGGCUGGGGAGAGGAUCACUGUGACUCCCUCCUCCAAGGAGCUUCUCUUCUAUCCGCCGGAGAUUGAGGCUACUAUCACUGGAGAGUCUUGUCCAGGGCGUGUGGUGGACAUCGCGGGGCGCGCUGGUCUGUUCCUGGAGGGCCAGGUGACUCCAGAGCUGCAGGGGGUCGAGAUCUCCAUCACCGAGAGAGGAGCCAAGGCCCCCCUCAUCACCGUCGUCACCAACGAGAACGGGGCUUAUAGUGUCGGUCCCCUGCACAGUGACCGUCACUAUGACGUCAGUGCCAGUAAGGAGGGCUUCAUCCUCAGCACUGUAGAGGGAACCCAGGGAGACUUCAAGGCCUUCGCCUUGGCUGGAGUCACCUUCAAGAUCAAGUCAGAGGAUGGUCACGCUCUGUCUGGAGUCCUGCUGUCUCUCAGUGGAGGAUCGUUCAGAUCCAACCUGCUCACCCAGGACACUGGUGUCCUCACCUUCAACAACUUGAGCCCGGGUCAGUACUACUUCAAGCCCAUGAUGAAGGAGUUCAGGUUUGAGCCAGCCUCUCAGAUGAUCACCGUAGAGGAGGGACAGAACCUCAGCAUCGACAUCACCGGAUUCAAAACAGCAUACAGGUAGAAACGGGCCAAUCAAAUCAAUCUAUCUAUGUGGCACGUUUCAUAAAAAGUGAGUGAACCCCAAUCAGCUUUAAACUAACUGCAAAAAUGUACUGAACAAGGCAGAAUGAUGUUCAAUUCCCCCCUAGCCAUCAUUAGCCACUUCUGUUUAUUGUAACAAAUCUUAUUCAGGCAAGUUCUUGCUGACUUACUUGACAAGGAGCUUAACAGUCCCAU